ACGGCCCCGGGCUGGAACAUUGGUUUUCAUUGUGAGUCGUAUGACUGAGUGAGGGAAAUAGGAGCAGUAGGCUGAGCUGUGCAGCAUCCCAGUGGCACAAGAGUCUCAAGGCACAGCAGGCAGUUCCCCUUCCAGGAACUGAGAGUGAGUGGAUCCUUGUGUGGCUCUGCGCGGCGCCUGUCUGGAUGUGGCCGGUACUCGCUUCUGUAGGAGAACGUGUGUGAGACCCUUCAUGUAGAGCCCGGCUUGGGUACGAACUACUUCUUCAGACCUUCUGCCCCUCUGAGUCAUCCCCCGACUGAGCCUGCACAAUGGGCAGCAAAGGACAUUACAGAUACCACUGGCAAAGCCACAAUGUCAAGCACAGCGGAGUGGAUGAUAUGGUUCUUCUCUCAAAAAUUACAGAAGAUUCUAUAGUAGACAAUCUAAAGAAACGUUAUAUGGAUGACUUCAUCUUUACAUACAUCGGGCCGGUGCUCAUCUCAGUGAAUCCCUUUAAACAGAUGCCUUACUUUGGAGACAAGGAAAUAGAAAUGUACCAAGGAGCUGCUCAGUAUGAGAAUCCACCACAUAUCUAUGCGCUGGCUGACAAUAUGUACAGAAACAUGAUCAUAGACAGGGAAAACCAAUGUGUUAUUAUAAGUGGUGAAAGUGGAGCAGGUAAAACAGUGGCUGCAAAAUACAUCAUGAGCUAUAUCUCGAAGGUUUCUGGAGGUGGCCCUAAAGUGCAGCAUGUUAAGGAUAUCAUUCUGCAAUCAAAUCCUUUGCUUGAAGCUUUUGGAAAUGCCAAGACAGUACGGAAUAACAACUCAAGCAGAUUUGGAAAAUACUUUGAAAUACAAUUUAGCCCAGGGGGAGAACCAGAUGGCGGAAAGAUCUCUAAUUUUUUGCUGGAAAAAUCUCGUGUGGUAAUGAGAAACCCAGGAGAAAGAAGCUUUCACAUUUUUUACCAGUUGAUUGAAGGUGCAUCAAAAGACCAAAGGGAGAGUCUGGGAAUCACAAGCUUAGACUACUAUAACUACCUUAAUCAGUCCGGGUCCUACAAAGUAGAUGAUAUUAAUGAUAAGAGAGACUUUCAGGAAACCAUGCAUGCAAUGAAUGUCAUUGGAAUCUCUGCCGAAGGACAAGCCAUGGUUAUGCAAAUAGUAGCGGGAGUCCUUCACUUGGGAAAUAUCGGCUUCAAAGAGAAAGGCAACUACGCAGCUGUAGAAAAUGAGGAAUUCCUAGCCUUCCCUGCCUUUCUAUUGGGGAUAAAUCAAAGCCGCCUGAAGGACAAGCUGACCAGCAGACAGAUGGACAGCAAGUGGGGAGGGAAGUCAGAAUCAAUUAAUGUGACACUAAAUGUGGAGCAAGCCUGUUACACCAGAGAUGCUCUUUCCAAGGCGCUUCAUUCUCGUGUGUUUGAUUACCUGGUUGAUUCUAUUAAUAAAGCUAUGAAGAAAGAUCAUGAGGAAUAUAAUAUUGGAGUCCUGGAUAUCUAUGGUUUUGAAAUAUUUCAGAAAAAUGGAUUUGAACAAUUCUGCAUCAAUUUUGUAAAUGAGAAACUACAACAGAUUUUUAUAGAGCUAACUCUCAAGGCAGAACAGGAAGAGUAUGUUCAAGAAGGAAUCCGAUGGACCCCGAUAGAGUACUUCAAUAACAAAAUUGUAUGUGACCUCAUUGAGAACAAAGUGAAUCCUCCUGGGGUGAUGAGUAUUUUGGACGAUGUCUGUGCCACGAUGCAUGCAGUAGGUGAAGGGGCAGAUCAGACACUUUUGCAGAAACUACAGAUGGCUGUUGGGACUCAUGAACAUUUUAAUAGCUGGAAUCAGGGCUUUAUAAUACACCAUUAUGCUGGGAAGGUGUCCUAUGAUGUCGACGGAUUCUGUGAGAGGAAUCGGGAUGUUCUUUUUAUGGACCUCAUUGAACUAAUGCAAAGUAGCCAGCAGCCUUUCAUGCAAGCUCUGUUUCCUGAAAAUCUUCAAGCAGAGAAAAAAGGGCGUCCUACCACUGCAGGUAGUAAGAUCAAGAAACAAGCUAAUGAUUUAGUCAACACUCUAAUGAAAUGCACGCCACACUACAUUCGCUGCAUCAAACCCAAUGAAACCAAGAAACCCAGAGACUGGGAGGAGAGUAGGGUCAAGCAUCAGGUUGAAUAUCUUGGAUUGAAGGAAAACAUACGUGUGCGCCGUGCUGGAUAUGCAUACAGAAGGGUAUUCAAGAAAUUUCUACAAAGAUAUGCAAUCCUUACCAAAGAGACCUGGCCAUCUUGGAAGGGAGAUGAGAAGAAGGGAGUUCUCCACCUACUGCAUUCUGUUAACAUGGACUCUGAUCAGUUUCAACUUGGCAAAACCAAAAUCUUUAUUAAAGCCCCAGAGUCUCUCUUUCUGCUGGAGGAGAUGCGUGAGAGAAAAUAUGACGGCUAUGCACGCUCAAUUCAGAAAGCCUGGAGGAAGUAUGUUGCACGGAAGAAAUACGUGCAGAUGAGAGAGCAAGCAUCUGACCUGUUCCUUAACAAAAAAGAAAGAAGACGGAAUAGCAUUAACAGAAAUUUUAUUGGUGACUACAUUGGCAUGGAUGAGCGCCCAGAGCUUCGGCAGUUUGUGGGAAAAAGAGAGAAAAUUGAUUUUGCUGACACUGUUACUAAAUAUGACAGAAGGUCUAAGGGUGUGAAACGGGAUCUUAUUUUAACCCCAAAAUCUGUGUACCUGAUUGGGCGGGACAAGAUGAAACAGGGUCCGGAGAAGGGGCUGGUGAAAGAAGUUUUAAAAAAGAAGAUUGACGUAGAACGUAUUCUCUCUGUCUCUUUGAGCACUAUGCAAGAUGAUUUCUUUAUACUCCAUGAACAAGAAUAUGACAGCCUGCUGGAAUCACUAUUCAAAACGGAAUUCAUAAGUCUUUUAUCUAAGCAUUAUGAGGAAAAGACGCAAAGGAAACUACCUCUAAAAUUUAACAAUAUUCUUGAUAUGAAGUUAAAAAAGGAAAACUGGGGCCCAUGGAGCGGAGGGGCUGGCUCCCGCCAAGUGCAGUUUAUUCAAGGAUUUGGAGAUUUAGCAGUGUUGAAACACAGUAGCAAGGUGCUCCAGGUCAGCAUUGGACAAGGCCUGCCGAAGAACUCCCGUCCAACCAGACGGAACAUUACAAAUGGAAGAGGCAAUGCUAGUAAAUCUAAGUCUUACCCAAUCAGAGCUGCCCCACCACCACCAGGAGCACAUCAGAAUGGAAUUAUAAUGAACCCUCCAUUUGGGCAUCAACCACCAAAAGCAGCCAGACCAUAUAACAACUCUCGAAUGUCUCAUUCCUCUGCGGACCACCCAACCUUACCAAGUGCCCGUCGGCAGUCAACAAACAGACCUCCUCCAGCUGGCGGAAGGCCUAAACCUCAGCCUAAGCCCAAACCACACGUGCCUCAGUGCAAGGCUCUGUAUGCAUAUGAUGCACAGGAUACUGAUGAGCUCAGCUUCAAUGCCAAUGACAUCAUUGAAAUUAUCAAAGAAGACAGCUCAGGGUGGUGGACAGGAAAACUACGAGGCAAACAGGGACUUUUCCCCAACAAUUAUGUUACCAAAAUAUAGGAUAGACUGAAUGAAGAAUAAGGCAGAGUGGGCUCUAUGACACUCCUACAGGAACAUUUAUACUUCUAAUGCUGUGUGUACUCAUGGAGCCACCCCCACCAUUCAAGGCAACAAUGGAUCAUCGAAGCACUGAACUGAAAAAAUAUAUUUAUUGUAUUUUAUCCUAAAUAAAACUUUUUCUGCCAGAGUGGCCCAGAAUGCAUUGCAGAGCAAUGUGCUUGCGGCCUGCCUGCCAGUAGAAACCAGUAGGCAGUGAAAGUUGGCUUGGGUUUCCUAUAGCGCAGUGACAUGUUUGCCUGUCGCAUGGGUUGUGAUAAUAAGUGCCUUUAAUUUUAAUAAUGUUCUUAACUUAUAUGAUGAUGAUGUAUAUGCACAAUUCUAUUCUUCGUUUGCAUUGGGAUGAAGGAAACUCUUUCAGAUGCUGCUAAAACAUUGCAAUAUAUAUUUUUACUGUUGGCAGGAAUGGCAAGUAGUGUUCAUAGCAAUAUUGUAUGUUCCUUCAUGGUUGCAGCAGGACUGGGGGUGCAGAGAACUGAAUGAGUUUAUCCUGCAUAAUCUUUUAUUAAAAUAUGGCUGGACCAUGUUACUGUCAGAAUGCGAUUACCUGUUACAGGACACGUCUCUUAAGCUGUACAUUUUUAUAGCAAAUCCUAUAUACUGUAUAUACAUAUAUAUAUAUAUAUAUAAAGUGAACCCAUGUAUGAAUGUAUAAUGUAGUACUCCACUGUAUUUAUGGGAAAUGUAGUUUUAAUAACUGUACCAGGUACUUAGGAAAAAAAACACACUUCGGUAUUUAAUGCUUUUUAUCAUCUGCUGGUGCUUACGAAGGAAAUGCAAUUGGUAAGAGGCAUUUCCUGAAAUCAAAUGAACAGAAAGCUUCCCCUGAUUGAUGCUCACUCGCUUUAUUGCCCCAGGCUGUGCCAUGGGCUUCCCAACCUGGGAUAAGGAAGAGUCCAGUAGGAGGCGCUGUGUAUGUGUGUCCCAGUUUGCAGACUUGCUGGGCAUUGGGUGUUGGUAAGAUGAGCAAGUGGUGUGUAUGUGCAGGAUUGUAGAGCAGAAAUAGGAGAGAUAAGUGAAGUGUAUGCAAGAACAAUGAAGCACAUUAACAGUACUUUCAUACUGAUCCAAUACUGCAUGGGUUGGGGAACCCUGGAAGUCAUUAAUAAACAUAUUUUGUCUUUACCAAGA